CUAAACAAAUCAGUUUUUGUUCUGACUUAUUCUGUAGCAUUUGUUUAAACACUUCCUGCAUUAGGUCUGAAAGUUUCAUUUUGCUGACACUGGAGUCUCCUUCCAUACCCGUUUAAUAGGAAACUUUAUCCAAUCAUCAAUUGCACACAAUACAAGACCGUGUAAAUAAGCUGUCGCAAAAAGGACCGAUAAGGUAUUGGAAUAAUCACAUAAAUGUAAACCUGUGGUUUGCCUUGAAGCAACUACUUUCACAGCUACUGUUAUAGGUUCUCGUAAUACGGGUCAUUACCAUGAAUUAGGAGCGUAUCAGUACCGGUGUAGGCCGUUUAUUAGAUUUAUCCUCAGCUACUACUCCGUAUUGUCUUUCUUUUAAUUACAUUCACACACAGUGGCUGUACGAGGGCAAAAGACGCCAGAAAAAGGCCCAGCAAGUGGAACUGGAGCUAAGGCAGCCGUCUGAGCUGAGCAGGAAUGUAAGGCUCGCUCAUUUGAAGUUAAAGAUAGAGGCAGCGCAGGCUGGAGCCUGACAGUUUCUAAUUUCAGCUGGCUGCUCUCGCUUCACUGCCCGGCUUUUGUUGCGGUGCUUGGGCCUAUUGACGAAGCAAGAGGGAACGGCAGGAACAACAUUACAGGCAGCACAACUUUGUAAAUACAAGAGAGAGAGAGACAGGAAGAAAGAGACAGACCGUGGUGUUCUCCAUCGGUGAGAUGAAGGAUAAUGAAAGAUGGAUUUUACUGCACAGAUUUAAUGAUUGAGAAAGCUGAGCGUAGCAGUGGCACCAUGGCCGACAGAAGACAACUGUUUGCUGAGAUGCGAGCUCUGCAGUUGGAUUCUAUCAGACUUUCCACCUAUAGAACUGCAUGCAAGCUCAGAUUUAUUCAGAAAAGGUGCAACUUGCACUCAGUGGACAUCUGGAACCUUAUCGAAGCCUUCCGGGAGAAUGGCCUUAACGCCAUGGACCUCACCACAGAAUUCUCAGUGGCUCGACUUGAAGCAAUAUUGUCCACUAUCUUCUUCCAGCUAAAUAAGCGAAUGCCUACGACACACCAGAUCAACGUGGAUCAGUCUGUGUUACUUCUGCUCAAUUUUUUGUUGGCGGCAUACGACCCGGAAGGCCUAGGCAAGAUCUCAGUAUUUGUGGUGAAGAUGGCACUUGCUACAUUAUGUGGCGGAAAGAUAAUGGACAAAUUAAGAUAUAUUUUUUCUCAGAUAUCAGAUCCCACAGGCAUGAUGAUUUAUUCCCAGUUUGACCAAUUCUUAAAGGAGGUGCUCAAGCUGCCCGUUACCAUUUUCGAGGGACCAUCUUUUAGCUACACUGAACAGACCGCAAGGAUUUGCUUUGCACAAAAACAGGUUUCUCUGAACAUUUUCCUGGACACCUUCAUGUCUGAUCCUCCACCACAGUGUCUUGUAUGGUUGCCACUUAUGCACCGGCUGGCUAAUGUGGAGAACGUCUUCCACCCAGUUGAGUGCUCCUACUGCCACAGCCAAAGCAUGAUGGGAUUUCGCUACCGUUGCCAACAAUGCCAUAAUUACCAGCUCUGUCAGGAGUGCUUUUGGAAGGGACAUGCCUCAGGCUCCCAUAGCAACCAGCACCAGAUGAAGGAAUACACAUCAUGGAAAUCUCCUGCAAAGAAGCUAUCAAAUGCUCUUAGCAAGUCUCUGAGCUGUGCUUCCAACCGAGAACCUCUCCAUCCCAUGUUCUCUGAUGCUCCUGAGAAACCUCUUAACCUUGCUCACGUAGUUGACACUUGGCCUCCAAGGCCAGCAAACAGUGGGAAUGAGUACACAUUGUCUCACACCAUGCCCUCGACCAACAAGCCUUUCAGAGUAGCCGAAAAUGAGGAGAUUAAACAGAGAAAAUUCCUGACUAGGGAUACUCCAGAUCUCCUGAAGGGAAAAGGGGUUCAGUACAGCCUUGAUAUUGCGGACAGACUCGCUGAUGAACAUGUUCUCAUUGGCUUAUAUGUGAGCCUCCUUCAAAAGAAUCGCACCGGUUUACUGGAAAGCAGGACUAAUAACCAGGAUGAUGAGCACUACCUCAUUGCCCGCUACGCUUCACGAUUGGCUGCCGACAGAACAACAACGCAAGCCAGAGUGCCGACUGACCUGUCUCUUUCUCUGGACACGAACAAACAACAGAGGCAACUUAUUGCUGAACUAGAAACCAAGAACAAAGAAAUCUUGCAAGAGAUUCAACGGUUACGGCAGCAGCAUGAUGAAGCCUCUCAGCCUCUGGGUGACAAAAGCCAGCAAAACCCUACACUUCUCACUGAGCUUCGCCUACUUAGGCAGAGAAAGGAAGAACUAGAAGACAGGAUGUCGGCCCUUCAAGAGAGCAGAAGAGAACUGAUGGUACAGCUGGAACAGCUCAUGUUACUGUUAAAGAAUCAGGGCCCAGGCUCCUCUUCUCGUUCUUCCCCGAGCCACACAGCCAGCAGUUCCAUCCCAACACCUGUACCGUCAACUUCUGGCAACACCACACCCAGUCAGACGCCACAAGACUCGCUCAUGGGGUUAGGUGGAGAUGUCAUACAAGCUUUUUCUCAGAGUUCGAGACGUAACUUAAGAAACGACCUACUCGUGGCUGCGGACUCCAUCACCAGCACCAUGUCCUCACUGGUGAAAGAGCUUCACUCGGAAGCAGGAAGUGAGACUGACAGCAACAUUGACACAGAAUCUGAUGGACUCGCAUCACGGAUGCAAAAUGAGGACCUAGAAGGAGAGGGACACUAUGAGAAAGAGCUGGAGCAGCGUCUGGAGAGAGAACUGAGGAUGGACGAGAAAACAUCUGCUGGAGAAAGCCUACAUGGCCGAGGAAUCGCACAGUACUGAAGUACUCGACAAUGGCAACAGCUGAAUCUACUGAGCAUUAACACCACUUCUGUAAAUAUACAUGUCUGGUUUUUUUUGGACUAUAUAGAAAAAAAAUACUGUGAACCGACUCAGAGAUUAUGCAGAGCGGCUUCGUCAGAACACCACUGGUGCCAUGAAGUGAAGACAUUAUUUUGUUGACGUUUUUGUGUACUGUACUUCAGAUUGUGGCGGGAAAAUCAGGUUUAACACAAGCUGCUAUUUUUUUUAAUAGCAUAUGUCUCACUUUAUAUCUCAUGCUGACUCGCCUGCUAUCAUUUCUCUCUUUCUUUGCAUAUGUCCGUUCUUUUUAUUUACUUUUACCAUAUCAGCUUAAUCAACAUAAUCAUAUAUACAGUGAAAUAUUGCACAAUUUACCAAUAGCAGGUUUAAAACAGAGAAUAAAAAUUUAGACUAAUUUAUUGAACGUGAUGUAUUUCAUAUGAUUCAAAUUCAUAUUGAAAUACAGGUCAGCUUUCCAAGCACCAUAAAAUUCCGCUUUUGUGCAACUCGAGUUAAACCACUGUGUUUAUUAUGUUUUUUUCUAAGCAUAUGUCUGAAGUCAUUUGAUUUGUUUGUGUACUAAAUGAAUAUUUAAUUCAAUAGACGUUUAUAAAGGUCACAGUUUUGGCACAGCAGCUGUUAUAUCAUAUAUACACACACACACACACACACACACACACACGUG